CCCUCUGCGCCCAGGAGCUGGUCCCCAAGCAAUGCCUGCUGGGCCCUGAGUUUUGGUGCAGGGAUCCGGGCACAGCGGCUCAGUGUGGACGGCAGCAGGACUGCAAGCUCCUCGAGCAGCACAUGCCACAGCAGGGCUGGCACGUCCGGGAGCAGGCUUCUUCCAUCAAGUGCACCAUCUGCACCAGCAUCCUGAAGAAGCUGAAGUCUAUGGUCGGUGACGACCCCGACGAGGACUCCAUCGUCGAGGCCGAGGACAAGCUCUGCGGAGUCGUGGGCAGGGGUCUACGGCGCCUCUGCCGCUACGUGAUGAAGAAGUUCAAACCCAAGAUCACGGCAGCGCUGCAGGACGGGCAGGACCCCAAGGAGAUCUGUAUCAGCCUGCGGAUGUGCCGGGAGUCCCCACCCACCCAAGGUGGCCUGGUGCCCCCCAGCGAUGCCUGUGACCUCUGCCUGACCUUCACCAGCCUGGCCCAGCCUGACCUCCAGCACAUGAGGCCUGGCUGGGACCUUGGAGACGUCCUCAACGGCACAUGCAAGCGGUACUUCGAGAGUUCCCCCAGGGUCAGUAGAAUGGCUCAUAUCUGCUUGGGGUCCCCCAGCCCAGCCUCCCAUUGGCUCUAG